UAUUUGCAGAGCUGUGGAUUUGCUGCUUGGCUGUCAGCCUUUCAUUCACUGCGACCUGUCAAAAGCCUAAACUAUGUCAUGAUCUGCAAGCAAGGACCCGGCUAAUCCCCCAAAGAUCUCUGCCUUUUUCACUGUGACCCAAGGUGGAUUAAACCUGAGCUCUGAGAAGGAGAGGGGAGGGGAGCUGCUGGAGUGAGAUAAGGACUACAGAACCUGUCUCAUCACAAUAAACCAUGUUGGGGAAGAAGCUGGUGGCUGGACAGAAGCAUGGGGAAACCAGGGCGCUCUUCCUGGGCUUAGGAAUGGUGGCAUGCUCAGCGCUGAUGUACUACUUUAUUGGAGUCACCAUUGUGCCAAAAUACAACAGAAGCAUCUGGACCAAAGAAAGCAUAUGCAAACUGAUGAAAGCCAGCAUCAAAGAAAAAGUCUAUUGCUUAUUCAAUGAGGACUCUGGAGAGGAGAAUAUUUUUCGCUAUCCUUGCCUAGAAGUCCAGGUCAAUUUGACUGUCAUAAGACAGGUGGUAAUGCUGUAUUACACAGAAGAUACCUGGACAAGAAAUCCCAAGUGCUCCUACAUUCCUAGCAACCUGGAGGAUUAUACUCAAGUCCAAAAGCAAGUGGAAAAUAUAACAAACUGGUUCAGAGAGAACAAGAGAUUUCCUUGUUUUUAUGACCCCUCAAGAGAAGAAUCCAGUGUUAUUUUGACACGAUUGUACCCUCCAGAUGGUCUUGUCUUAACUUUUCUUUGGCCAACUUUAAUGAUGACUGGUGGAAUCUUUAUCAUCAUCUUGGUCAAAAUAAGUCAAUAUUUGUCAGUAUUCACUGCCCCAGAAAACGUAAGAGGUAUAUAGUAUAACAUCACUCUUCAUUUCAUGUUCACUUACCUGCAUCUCAGGGAAGCUAGACAAUCUCUCACAUUUAUACACUGUGGACUAACAGGAAACACAGAAAAUUCAUAGCUGGAAGCUAUUCAAACAAUAUUUCUUGAGACACAAUUAUUUUGGAUUUGACAAGACUUGCAGAGACAUGGAACAUUCACACUUUUAGUUCAGUAUUAUGUUGUGGUCAGAAGUGAGUUACUUGAACAAUAGCUGUUGAACUUGUGUAUUUCCACAGAACACUUAACCAAUAGAGCUAAAGCAGCAGUUUGCACAAGCCAGCUUGGUACAGAGACAAGUCUGAGUUUUUUAUGAAGCUGUCUGAAGGCUUUAUAAAAAAAAGUUUAUCAGCCUCAAGAAAAAUACCUGUUUCACAAAACAUAAUAACAGAUUCCACAGAAAUUCUUACGCAAAAAAAAUAGGGACUUUUGUUGGACUGAAAUGCUAGUUAUGUGAGCAGUUAGAUAUUAUCGGCUUAGUCAAAAUGGUGUAUGGAACUGGCAAUUGACCAUUUUAACUGACUCAUCAUCAAGUCCUCCAGUAGCAGGAGGAGGAGUUGGGAACACUACAUUCAGGGCUUUUUUUCAGCUGGAACA